CGCUAAUGGCAGCGCCCAUGAACCGUCUCGUGUUUGUUUUUAUCUGUCAUCUGUCAGUGUCACUGUUUAUCAUAGACAGAUCGUCGUUUGUACAUCAUCAUGGGAUGAGUGAUGGAGGUUCUUCAGAAAAUCUACCCUAGAGUUCUUCCUCUUCAGGAUUACCUAAAAGGCCUUGGAUGCGAGGAUGUUGUCCGCGAAGACGACAAACCAGGCUUCAAGGUCUUCAUGGAGAAAACUUUUGUUGGGGAGAGCGCAAAUUGUCCGCAGUUCAGAGGGAAAGUCACGAGUGAUUGCCCUGCUGCUAGUCUGGAAGACGUCAUUCAGGAUGCUGUUUUGAUGCUAAAAUCAAGAACAAAAGAACAAUCAGUGAAUGUUUUGACUUUUGGAAAAGUAAAGGAAGGAGGUCAGACAGAGAAGGACAAUCAGGAUCUUGUUAAUGUGAAGCUCUGGAAGAUGAUGUUAGGCAAGAUUGGAGUGGAUGUCGUCAUGUACUUAUUGACCAACACAUCUGUGUUUCUUUUUGCCCCUCCGUCCUGCUACAUGCAAGCAUGUGGCUAUCCCAUCUUUGACCUUUGCCCUUGGCUGGGUCAGAAAAGGAAAUGUGAAAAAGAGAAAUCCCCUUGGAGACAUAUGGGGAAGGACAUCAGCGUAUUUCCCAAGAUCUGUGUAUGCUACUGCAAAACAGGAUUCAAGAAAAUCUGGACAGAUCAUGUGUUGUCAACGUCGCCAGCUACAACCCCUGGAGCCAUCCUACUCCUGAAAGCCAUUUUCCCCUUUGGGAAAACAGUAAGGGAAUCACUUACACAGAAGAACGUACUGGUGAAAAGAACCAAAAAACGUUUCGUCGCUUUGCAGAAAAUUCUGAGAGACCUGCUGACAAAUUACAAGAAAUGCAAUAUCAUCAAACUACUUAAAGCUCACUGUCCAGUCUCAAGGUCAAAGGUCAAGAAUGCUUUGCCCUCUGAGAUCAUGGAGUCAUUGGUGAAGUCGAAGGUUGAACCCUGGAAGGUGUUCUUGUUCCUGAGGCGAGUCGUAAAGAGGGUCGUUCCACUUGAGUUGUGGGGAUCUAAGCACAAUCAGUCAAGUUUCUUCAAGUUUGUGGAGAAGUUCGUCAAGAUUGGCCGAAGUUCCAAGUUGAAUGUGGAAUGUCUCAUUGACAAGAUGGAGACAGCGGACCUGAAGUGGGCCGUCCACCAGGCGGUAAAGGAUCACCCUUGUUGCCACUCUGUCGUAAUGACCAAAGACAAGAUGAUAAAGACUGUCAUGUCGUGGAUCAUGUCGCAGUUUGUCAUUUCUCUGAUCAGGAGUGCCUUCUAUAUUACAGAGACAUCAACAUCUCGCACUGGAAUUGUCUACUACCGUAAAACCACAUGGAGUGGCCUAGAGAAGCUGGCAUUGGAAGAUUGCAGAGCUUCUGGGAAAAUUAAAGAGAUAACAAGUAGGGAAGCCGAGAGUUACUUGUCGGUCAGUGGAGUUCAGGAAUGUUCAUCGCUUCGAUUCAUUCCUAAGAAGAACAGUUUGAGGCUGAUCACACUGCCUGCAAAAGGAGCAAAAGCUGGCCAAAAGACUCGCAAAGUCUACAACCCGUUGGAAAACAUUUACAACGUCUUAAGAAUGUUCCGACACCAUACUCCAUCUCAACUCGGCUCAUCGCUCUUUGGAGUCAGCGAUGCGUAUCCAAAGUGGAAGCGGUUUGUCUCGGAGACCAGGAAGCAGUCCGACAGGCCUCUUUACUUUGUGAAGGUGGACAUCAUGGAAUGUUUUGAUUCUAUUCCUCAUUCUGAGCUCCGAGGUGUAAUUGCUAAUGUACUACGAGCUGAGCAUGACAGAUACUGGUUUGUUAUUUACAACUACGCUACUGUGGCCAACUGGAGAGGACAACCAAGAAAGAGAUUUCACAAGAAUGCCUUCUUGAUGACGCAGUUUGUAGACCCCUUGUCGUUACUACUGUUGCAAAUGGCCAAAGAGGAACGCUUGAAGAACACGAUCUUUGUUAAUCGGGUGACCAGUUUUCGUACAACUGCAGAGACCUUAUUGAACACAAUGUCCCAGCAUGUUGAAUGGAACAUAGUCAAGUUUGCCGGAUCUCAUUUCUUGAAAAAGAAGGGCAUCCCCCAAGGAUCCAUCAUUUCAUCUUUCCUCUGUAACUAUUUCUACGCUGCCAUGGAAAAAGAACACUUGCCCUAUUAUGGGAAAGAUGAGCUCUUGAUGCGUCUCUUGGAUGAUUUCCUCUUUGUGACUCCUCAUCUUGAGAAUGCCCAGAGAUUUCUAACCCUGCUUCUCAAUGGCCUGCCGAGUUAUGGUUGCCAUACCAACACGGCAAAGACGCUGACCAACUUUGCUUUUGUUCAUGACGGGAAAGAAGUGAAGAGAUUAGAACCAUCAGAACUGUUUCCUUGGUGUGGACUUCUCAUCAACACGGAGACUCUUGGAGUAUCAAAUGACUACACAAGAUACAAGGAUGUCAGUAUCAGCCAUACCAUGAUAGUGAACUUCACAGAUAAGGAUGUCCUUCCCAAAGUCAAGACCAAAGUACUGCAAUUGCUGAGGUCAAAGUGCAAUAAAUUCUUCCUUGAUCCAGAGAUCAACUUCCCCGAGAUCAUCAAGAGGAAUUGUUACGAGUUCUUCCUGAUCUCUGCAUUUCGGUUACACAGUCAGCUUAAGGUGCUUCAGUUCAAGGAGGCAGACAAGGCUGCCAGUAAGCUCAUGGAUAUACUCUUUCGGCUGACAGAUCAACUUCCUCACAUGGGAUGCACUCUCAAGAAGCAACAAGUAAAGUGGUUGUGCAUGAAAGCAUUUGAGACCAAGCUUCAACGUCAUCACAGCAGAUACAGAAUUCUACUGAGGCGUAUCAAGAAAACAAAGAAGAGAGCUGCCAACUGCCUGGCAGAGCAAGAACUCCUGGCACUAGAGGUAGCCACAUCACCAUCCAUGCCUCAAGCUUUCAAGGAGAUGAAGACAUGACAGGGGAGUGUGACGCCCCAUGAAGCAGGGUAGUCCAUAAACCCUUGUUUGACCUGUAGCAGGGUAGCCCAUUUACCUUCAAUUGACUUGCGACCAUCAGAGCUAAGCAAAAAAAGUAGCUAAGCACAACAAAAGAAGGCAUGUCAGAAUAAGGUUACUAGCCAAAAUAGCAUGAUAUAUUAAUAUCUGUAGCUGGUAUCCUUCUUAUUUUGCUCUAAAAUGCUCAAAAUGCCUCAAGGUGUACAUGUAACCCCUUGCCUUUUGUUGUUAUCAAGUUUUGGCCUAAAAUGCACAAAACAAAUCAUAAGGUCUUGCAUUUUCAUCAAAUUUUGCCCUAAAGUGCACAACAAAAUCAUUUUAGAACUUUGUGCUACAGGGCCAAACAGGUGAAACAUGGGCCAAAGUUAUGUUAUAUGGUUUUUUUUUUGUGUUUGUAGAUUCUAUGUUUACAUGGGAAACAUUGGACAACGUCAAUUUGGUCCCAUACAUUUUCUUUGACUCUCUUAUACAUGUAAGACAUGUAGUUUGAGUAAAAGUAGCUCAAUACUGAGACUGUUUGCAGCUGCUCAGGGCUCAAUGUCAUGGCUCUGCUUACCGCCGAAUUCUGGGCUUACUAUCACGAUUCCCCGCUUACAAGGCAA